UGGGCAUGCGUACUAACUGUCCUUCGGGACUGCUCGGUUUUUCCCGCCCAUCACUGGCCUCCGUAGUACGGACAGAGUUCACGCCCCUCUCUGGGGAUACCUACUCGAAGCCGGAGGAUGCAGGGACUAGCAAAUCGUGGGUGUUCUUCCUGUGUUGAAUCUUAAAGAGCAAGGGGCAUAAUCUGUGAUUGACUCCUCCUAAGGCCAGGAAGCGGGAAGACGUUGUGUGGGCGGGGUCAGGGGUAAGAGGUCAGAGGGCUGCGAAUGGGGCGGAGCUAGCCGUUGGCGGAUGGCGGCUGCGGCGGCUCUUCAUGUUUGGCGGCUUCGGCGCUGAAGCAGCGGCGUGGGUCGGUCGUGUCCGGUGGUGGGAGGAGAGCGGCGGUCGCUCCCAACAUGCACAGCUUGGCGACGGCUGCGCCUGUGCCUACUGCACUGGCUCAAGUGGAUAGAGAAAAGAUCUAUCAGUGGAUCAAUGAACUGUCUAGUCCUGAGACCAGGGAAAAUGCUUUGCUGGAGCUAAGUAAGAAGCGAGAAUCUGUUCCUGACCUUGCCCCCAUGCUGUGGCAUUCAUUUGGUACUAUUGCAGCACUUUUACAGGAAAUUGUAAAUAUUUAUCCAUCUAUCAACCCACCCACCUUGACAGCACACCAAUCUAACAGAGUUUGCAAUGCUCUGGCAUUACUGCAGUGUGUUGCAUCACACCCAGAAACCAGGUCAGCAUUUCUCGCAGCACACAUCCCUCUUUUUUUGUAUCCUUUUUUGCACACUGUUAGCAAGACACGUCCCUUUGAAUAUCUUCGGCUCACCAGCCUUGGAGUUAUUGGAGCCCUGGUGAAAACAGAUGAACAAGAAGUAAUUAACUUUUUAUUGACAACAGAAAUCAUCCCUUUGUGUUUGCGUAUUAUGGAAUCUGGAAGUGAACUUUCUAAAACGGUUGCCACAUUCAUCCUCCAGAAAAUCCUCUUAGAUGACACUGGUUUGGCUUAUAUAUGUCAGACAUAUGAGCGUUUCUCCCAUGUUGCCAUGAUCUUGGGUAAAAUGGUCCUGCAGCUAUCCAAAGAGCCUUCCGCCCGUUUGCUGAAGCAUGUAGUGAGAUGUUACCUUCGACUCUCAGAUAAUCCCAGGGCACGUGAAGCUCUCAGGCAGUGCCUCCCUGACCAGCUGAAGGACACAACUUUUGCUCAGGUGCUAAAAGAUGACACCACCACGAAACGCUGGCUUGCACAACUAGUGAAGAACCUUCAAGAAGGCCAGGUCACCGACCCCCGGGGUAUCCCCCUACCCCCUCAGUGAUCCUCCCCUAUCCCUUCCUACUGCUUCCCCAAGUUGGGGAAGGGAGGAGGAACCUACGAGGAAAACAGCUCAGGUUUUAUCGCUGACUGGGAACAGACAACCUCAAUGCUGAACCGCACUGGAGAAAGGGGGCAAGGUACCCCUGCUGAGGUGUAUGCGCUGCCUUGAGGACCUGGGCUCCCUCCGCUACUCCCAGGAAAUGGGCUUCUGACACAGCAGUCUGCCACCACAGCCCCAGGAGGGUGUCAACACCAGCAAAUGCUGUAUUUGCAGCAUGCCCAAGAUGACCCUUCUCCCCCAUCCACAGCUAGCCACUGGCAAGGAGGGGAGACUGGUGAUAGCAGCAGCACUCUAGGCAUGGUGAAUGCCUGGGACCAAGCCAUGUGGCAUUUUUUAUUUUGCCUUCCUGGAAGACUCAAGAUGUGUCUCUUCAUUCUCUCUCUUAGUGUCUGUUUACUUUGGUUUUUCGUUUUUAAUCUCAGAGAGAGGUGUGUUUAGUAGACACGAGCUGUAAUAUUCAGCAAAAUUUUGUCGAUUGGCACUGUUUACAAGCCUGUUAGCUGCAUAAGCUCAAUAAAAAGUUGGUCUGGGCAUUACAUCCCCUCCGCAGGCCAAUAGCUGCAUUGAGCUGUUGGGAGGAGUGGGAGGCAGGGGAAAGAUGUAAAGCCAAAGGAUGACAGGACCCCGCCCCUGAUUUCCCUCCUCUCUCCCGUUCUCCUGAGGUCCUAUAUGCCACAAGGACCUUAUCCUUGUUUCUGGCUUUAGCUGCUAGCUUUUCUCAAAUCUCAGUGCUUUUCUCUUUUCACUCUCUUAUUAAACUUACAGCAGAUGUCUUAAUUCAUCAGGCUGUCCUGGAGGGUAUGUAUAUAAGGGAGAGGAUGGAUCUCACCUUUAAUCCAAGUCCUCAAAGAUAUUUUCUGAGUGACUUUAAAGAGGGAUUAAAGUGAUUGGCUACUUAAUCCCAUUGUUUGCUUUAGUGUGAAUUUCAGCAGCUCCAGCUGCCUUCAUGAUUAUAUUUGAAACAGUAUUAGCUGAAUGAGGCAGUUUUAGUCCAAUUUAAGUGGAGGGCUGGGCUCUGCUUACUCACUCAGUCUUUUGUUUUGACACAUUCCCUUUUGGUCUGUAGGAAUUACAGAGUUGCCACUAAAAUAUUUUCCAUUUUUUCAUAUUGUGUCAGAGAAUACCCCUUCUUCCUCUGGAACUUCAGAUGGUUCUUCUCCCAAUCCAUGGGCUUGCAUCUAUAACCUAGCGUAAACUGCUUUGCUUUACUCCAGUCCUUUCCCCUGUCAGCACCUGCUAUCUCUCUCACCCCCAUCUCCAAAGAUGGGAUUGCUAAUCCAACUCUUGAGAGGGACCAAGUAUUUUCUGUCCAUAUCACACAAUUGAAGAUGUCUCUGAACAAAUCUGGAAAGCAUCUGUAAGGGGCAGGCUUAGAGACAUCUUUGCAGAGGCAGUUUUGCCAACACAAGGGCUCUUUCAGGCCGACUUUCACAAAGGGAGCCGGCCUUGUUAGUUGGCUUCUGUCUCUUUAGAGCCAGAGAGUAGUGAUUAAGUUACCUAGAUGUGGGAAGUGUAGGAUAAGCACUUACUUCCAUGCCUUCAAAAUGAAGAGGAGAACCAGGCCAGCUUUCAAUAAUCUCAAACCUGAAGAGAAAAGGUCUUGGAGAAAGCGGAGAACAACAGCAUGAACUGGUAAACAACUUGAUUCCCGUCAGCCCAUGGUCUGUGAUUUGGAGAGUCCAACUAGAGAAACCCUGAUAAUUUGCCAGCUGCCUUCCUGCUGAGCCGAAGUUUUCUCAUUCCCCCUCCACUGGGGAAGCAGCUGAGGCCAGGGCCUUGCUCCCUGGGAAAUUCUCUUCUCUCUCCAUCUUUCAGUGCAUUGGCCAUGUUACUAUGCCAAUAGUGUCUUAAUUCUUGCCCCAUCUAUUCUCCCUCAGCUGGCCUUGGACCCCACAUAGAAUGGGGAGGGGUGUUGGAAAUGGGUAUUAUUCCUUAUAGUUGAUCCUGAUGUUUUGUGUGUCUGUGUGUGUGUUUAAAGAGACCCCUCCCCUCAUUUUAUGUUUUCCAUCCCUCACUCCCUCAACAGGAUUGAAAUAAAAUAUGCUUCUGUUUUUGUAAAAAAUA